CUAAGUUGAGUUUAGUUGUGGGUAUUUUGUACGUAACAACACCGUUUCUCCUUUGCAAUCCAUUUUCUUCCUCUCUAUGGAGCGUCGCUUAAAGAUUUGAAACUCAAACUUUCUAGAUCUCACUCUUUCGUAAACUAUGGAAAGCUUGAUGAACAAGAUUCGAAAAUUGGACGCCUAUCCCAAAAUCAGCGAAGAUUUUUACAACCGUACACUCUCCGGUGGAUUCAUCACUAUCGCUUCCUCCAUUAUAAUGUUUCUCCUCUUCUUCUCCGAGCUUCGUUUGUAUGUCCAUACUGCAACAGAAACAAAGCUUAUAGUUGAUACUUCAAGAGGAGAACACUUACGCAUCAAUUUUGAUGUAACAUUUCCUGCACUUCCAUGUUCUGUUCUCAGUCUUCAUGCUAUGGACAUUAGUGGAGAGCAACACCUUGAUGUGAAACAUGAUAUUGUCAAGAAAAGAAUAGAUUACCAGGGCAAUGUAAUAGAUUCAAGACCAGAUGGUAUUGGGUCCACUGAGAUUGAAAGGCCUUUACAGAAGCAUGGUGGCAGACUCAAGCAAAAUGAGACGUAUUGUGGUUCCUGCUAUGGGGCUUCAGGUGAGGAUUGUUGUAACUCUUGUCAAGAUGUGCGUGAAGCUUAUCAUAGGAAAGGUUGGGCUCUGUCUCAUCCAGAUCUUAUUGACCAGUGCAAACGAGAAGGUUUUUUUCAAAGGGUGAAAAAUGAAGAGGGUGAAGGAUGCAACAUAUAUGGGUUCUUGGAAGUUAAUAAGGUGGCUGGAAAUUUUCACUUUGCACCCGGAAGAGGUUUUCAACUAUCGUACUUCCAGAUUCAUAAUCCAUUAGCAUCAUUUCAGUGGGAUGCUUUUAAUAUAAGCCACAGAAUUAACAGAUUAACUUUUGGAGAUGAUUUUCCAGGUGUUGUAAAUCCUCUUGAUGGUGUGCAAUGGAAUCAAGGAACGCUCAGUGGCAUGUUCCAAUAUUUUAUCAAGGUUGUGCCUACGGUUUACAAGGCUGUGAAUGGAAAGGCUAUUAAGUCAAAUCAGUUCUCUGUAACUCAACACUUGAGGGGCAUAGAUGGAGAAAGCUUCCAGGCUCUUCAUGGAGUUUUUUUCUUCUAUGAUCUGUCUCCCAUAAAGGUGACAUUCACAGAGGAGCACAUCUCCUUCUUUCACUUUUUAACAAAUGUAUGCGCUAUAGUUGGAGGAGUUUUUACUAUUUCGGGGAUACUAGACUCCAUUAUAUAUCAUGGUCAAAAGGCAAUAAAAAAGAAGAUGGCACUUGGCAAAUUUACUUGAGCAUCAGUACAGUUGAAGAGAAUCAAAUCGUGAGAAAAAUAUGCGGAAUGACUCUUCUCUUCCCGUUAUUGGUAUGCUGCUGCUUUUGAUCUAAACUUUCCUGAUGAUUCCCUUCCAACAAUAGUAGUUCAUCUUCGCUCAUAUUGCAUAUUAAAUGCUUCUUUUUAUUUUUUUUCUAGCUUUCCAGAUAUUCAUUUUCUUAGUGGUGCUCAAAAUAGUGUGAGAAUUUUUCCGUAGAGGUAAAUAGGUUAGAGGGGCCAUUAAUUUUUCCCUGAUACUUUGCAUGAGCUUGGAUCAAUUGGAAGUAUUCAGGAGAAAGGGCAGGGCAUUCACCUCGAAAAGUGUGCCACCACACUAAUUUUAAAAGCAACUCUUUUAUCUAAAUUUUUAUAGAAACUACACUAAUUUUCGAAUUGGUCCCCCAAGGAAGUGAACAUAUUAAAUUUUGGGGUGUUUUUUCCCUUUUCCUUCUGGAAAGCAUACAGUUUUAGUAGAAUAAAGAAUUUUGUAGGGUCUGAAAGCCGGCUAAACCCGAGAUCGCUGAAUUUUCUUUUCAAAAUUUUCCCGUGUUAUGGAUGGAGUUCUCUCAAUGUCGAUUCUAUACUUUAGUUAUUCAAGCAUUGCUUAUUGUUUUUGCUUCCCUACUUAUAAAGUUAUGCAUUGUCAAUGUUAAUAUUGAUAUUACAAAGUGUUGAACUAACCGUUUGUUUAACCACAGAUAAUAGACAAUUGUAACAUACCAAUAAAAAAAUGAUUACAGUUACUACAAAUGAAAAA